AGCUGUCUUCGUAAAAUAACAAUAGACACAACAAAACCCGUGCGGCGCCGGCAGCGCAGUUGUCUAUUGAGAACUUAAUACAUUUUAGCCCACCAAGUGUCCACUGUGUUGACUGUGUCACCGAUGCAGCGGGCACAGCAUUUACCAAACGAAAAAACCUGAUAAACUGGCAUGAUGCGGUACUGUCCACCCAACGUGUCCCUGGACGAAAUCUGGACAGAGACAGGGCUGUCCCAAUGUUUUCUGGACACCCUGGGGCCGCCUCUGCUCCUUGGCCUCAUCGUUAUUGGUGGAAGCAUUCAGUUCUCAGUCUACCGCAAGUAUGCCACUCCGCUCGACACCAGGUUAUUACAGCGGGCUGGCUGGUACAAGUUUCAUGUAUCCCUGAUGAUCCUUCUGGCAAUAUCUGCGCUAGCCCGCUUGGGUGCCCAGUGUGCCCUGGGCGAGCCCUUGGGGCACCAGCUGGUCUGGGCCCUGUGCCUGAGUCCCGCUUGGGUGUUCUCUGCACUGCUGACCCGCCUAGAGCGCCACUGGGCCCUGCCCAGCGUGCCCACUCAUGGGCAUGGUCUGCCCCUGCUGCUCUUUUGGGCUGCUAGCAUGGUCCAGGAGGCACUAGCCUUCUUGGGCUUGCACAACCCCGACUGGUGGUUCCAUCUCCACUCUAAGCGGGACAUGGCAGAGAUGGCCUUCUACGCGGCUCGCUUUGUGCUGUCCCUUCUGGUGUUUGCCAUUGGGCUGAAGGGCCCCUCUGUGCCCAGCUCCAGGGACUACUUCCUCUACAGUAGAGGACAUGUGCAGGCUGCUGAAAGCCAGCCACUGAUGGAAGAAGGAGAGCAUAGUACCUUCAAGGGCUUCACGGCCAAACUGCGGCUGCUGCUCCCCUUCCUAUGGCCCAAGCACAGCCACCGGCUCCAGCUGGUGGUGCUUAUGUGCCUCGUACUCCUUGUGAGCGGGCGUGCGGUCAACGUCUUCAUCCCGCUCCUCAGCAAGAAAGUGGUGGACAGCCUAAAAAACGAAAAGGCUCUGGUCUACCCUUGGCAAGACAUCAUGCUUUACGUGUUCCUUUGGUGUCUACAAGGUCAAGGUUCAAGCAGCCUGCUGUCCAAUGUCCGUUCCUACUUCUGGAUCUCUGUGCAGCAGUACACUGUGAAGGAGAUUGAAGUGGAGCUCUACAGCCACUUGCAUCAUCUUUCGAUGAGGUGGCAUCUGUCCCGCAAGACAGGGGAAGUCCUCAAGAUUCUUGAUCGAGGAACGACCAGCGUCACUUCUCUGCUCAGCUACAUCCUGUUCAACAUCCUGCCAGCAAUAGCUGACAUUGUGGUGGCUGUUGUCUACUUCACCGUGUCUUUCAAUGCAUGGUUUGGCCUCAUUGUGUUCGUCACUAUGGUCUUGUACCUCACGUGCACCAUUGCCCUGACCGAGUGGAGAACCAAGUUCAGGCGAGAGAUGAACCUGCUUGACAACGCCGCUCAAGCGAGGGGGGUUGACGCCCUGCUUAAUUUUGAGACGGUGAAAUACUACAAUGCAGAAGACUAUGAAAUUGCUGGUUACAAGGAAUGCAUUGAGAAGUAUCAGGUGGCAGAGUGGCGCACCAACGCGUCGCUGAGCCUGCUGAACAGCUGCCAGACGCUGGUGAUUGCCCUGGGGGUGCUGGCGGGCACUCUGCUGUGUGCACACAUGGUGGUGGAUCAGUCGGCGGGGCUCGGGGUGGGAGACUAUGUCCUCUUCCUCACCUACAUCAUGCAGUUGUACACGCCACUCAAUUUCCUGGGCACAUACUACAGGAUGAUUCAGCGAUCCUUCAUAGACAUGGAAAACAUGUUUGAUCUGCUCAAUGCCAAGGCAGAGGUGAUAGAUGCAGUCAAUGCUCCCAACCUGAAGCUUACCAAGGGAGAUAUUCGGUUCAACAAUGUCUGCUUUUCUUAUAAUCCCGAGCGUCCCAUCCUCAAGAAUGUCUCUUUCACCGUGCCUGCCGGUCACACGAUUGCACUCGUGGGCCCCUCUGGUGCCGGCAAGAGUACCAUCAUCCGUCUUUUGUUCCGCCUGUACGACAUCCAGAGCGGAAGCAUCACCAUCGAUGGUCAGGAAGUCAGUCAGGUGAAGCAGAAGUCUUUGCGGCAGGUCAUAGGCGUAGUGCCCCAGGACACGGUGCUCUUCAACAACGAUAUUAGGUAUAACAUUCGGUAUGGUCGGGUGGAGGCAAGCGAUCUGGAGGUGGAAGAUGCCGCAAGGGCAGCGGAGCUUCACCAGCAGAUUUUGGCAUUCCCCAAGGGCUACGCAACCGUGGUUGGGGAGAGGGGACUCAAGCUCUCUGGGGGCGAGAAGCAGAGGGUGGCCAUCGCUCGAUCCCUCCUCAAGGGACCCUCCAUCAUGCUGCUGGACGAGGCUACCUCGUCUCUGGACACUCAAACCGAGCGCAACAUUCAGGCAUCGCUAGACAUGAUCUGCAGGAACAGGACCACGCUCAUUGUGGCACACAGGCUGUCAACUGUGAUUCACGCCGACCAGAUACUCGUGCUGCAAGACGGAGAGAUUGUUGAAAUUGGGAGUCACGAAGAGCUUCUGGAGUAUGGCGGCCUCUACGCCUCCAUGUGGCAGCAGCAGCAACAAAGGGCGGACGCCCAGCCGGGAAGCGAAGCGUCCGACGAGGGCUAUCCAGAGCCUUAGAAAGAGCCACGUGUGCCUGCUUCGUGUGAAUGUCGCUCUUCUGCGGAAGCGAACACUCAUGCCAAAGCCACUCAUCGUUCACUUUUUCUGUUUGCCUUCCAUGCACGAGUGCUUUUGGUUGGGGUGACUAGCAGUGCAGCAUUGUCCUUGCAACUCUCGACUUGGCUGCAACGGUGUACCGCUCUGUUUGGGGCAUGUUCUUGCGACAUCAGUGUCAGCGUAACAUGGUUCUUCACUCCAGCAAUGUGCCCGUGCUGCAUUUCACGAAACUCAAAUUCUGCAGGUAGAGUUGGCAGUGCAACAUGGCCUGCUGCAGUGCUGGAACAAUAUGGCACCAUCUCUUUUGCGGCAGUAUUGUUUUUCGCUGCAACAGUGUGCUAAUGCGAUGUUCCGCCACCAGUGGGGCAAGUUUUUGUACCCAACACCUUGCAGCAAUGUUGGCGGUGCAGCGUUAGGCGUUUGCGGUGUACUACACGUCAUUCAUUGUUUGUUGCGUCAUCUGAAUGAAAUCUUCAUCGAGCUUCGACAGAAAUUCCAGAGAAUUCCAAGCACCGAGACACUGAUACUAUCCAGGGCCUCAUAAUUGAGCUGUCUAAGUCAUGUUGUAGUGGAUUGAGAAUGCUUUUGUGUGUGUGAUGAGUAGGCUGAAAGUGCCUGCUAAAUGUGAUGCUUAGGAGGCUAUUUUCCUGGGCAUUUUAGUUAUUUUUAAAAGUGAUCGCACUCUUGAAUAGUGUGGGUUUACCACAAGUUGGGCAGUGGACUUAUUCUGAAGAAAAAGUGCAGUACACUAGCAUGUUUCUUGUACAGAUAUUGACGUACCGUUUACCAGUUGAAUAAUAAAAACUGCAUUAGAAAGCAAUUCCCAAGUGUGAAA